AUGGUAGCCACGCUUUUGUCGAUACUAUCCGCUUUUUCUCCAGCCAUGGCCGAAGCUCGUGAAAGGACCUUCCUUGCUAUCAAGCCAGAUGGUGUCCAGCGUAGACUUAUUGGGGAAAUAAUAAGUCGAUUUGAACAAAAAGGAUUCAAGUUAGUGGCCAGCAAAAUGGUGCAUGCAUCUGAAGAACUCUUGGAAGAACACUAUGCCGAACACAAAGGAAAAGGUUUUUUCCCAAAACUUAUUGCCUAUAUGUCUUCUGGCCCAGUAUUUGCCAUGGUCUGGGAAGGCACUGAAGUUAUCAGGACUUGUCGUACAAUGAUGGGAGCCACCAAACCUUUGGAAUCAGCCCCCGGAACAAUUAGAGGAGACUAUGCCAUUGACAUGGGAAGGAAUAUCAUUCAUGGCAGUGAUUCUGUAGAAUCAGCAGAGAGAGAAAUUUCCCUUUGGUUUUCUGAUGAUAAAGAAAUCAUAAAUUGGGAAUGUGCCAGUAAUUCUUGGAUAUAUGAAUCUUGA